CUUGGCUCAUUGAAGUUUACUUUCCCUUAGGGCUCUGUCUCCCCCUGCUGGCCGAGAAGUGAAAUUACUCACAGCUCCAUUAGUUGGGUCUGAACAAGAUCAUACCCAUCGAUUGUGCUUUUUAUGGGUAUUAGUGAGUCUGUCAUUUCGAGCGGCACGGAAUGGAGUUACAUGUGGUUAAAUUUUCUUGCACCCAGCGCAAGUAUUACUGUCUGUGGUCCUCUUCUCAGUGAAGGCGCUAGAAACAGAUAAUCCAUUAACCUGCUAAACAAUUUGCUCAUCAGUGGUGCACACCAGACUCGAGGUUUCAGCUCAUGCACCCUUGAAAACGGACCGUUCUGCCGGUUUGGUCUCAAUUCUGUUUCUUCUGAGGACAAAAAAAUGAGCCUGGCUUUCUGUCGCGCUCCCCGGAAAAACGCGGGCAGCCGCAUGUCCAAGCUGCUGGAUGCAGAAGAAGAGGACGAGUUCUACAAGACCACCUAUGGAGGCUUCAAUGACGAGUCUGGAGAUGAUGAGUACAAAGGAGACCUUUCAGACACAGAGGAUGAGGUGGACAGUGACUUUGAUAUUGAUGAGGGAGAAGAACCUGACAGCGAGCAGGAGGAGGACGGACCUCGCAGGAAGAGCAGAGUUGUAACUAAGGCCUACAAGGAGCCCAUUAAAGCUGUGAAACCUAAGCCUAAGCCAAAGAAGCUGAGUGAGCUGCCCAGGAGAGUAGACAAGAUCAAGACUGAGAAGCACAAAACUCUCGAGCUCCAGGAUGACAUCAGUAAGAACAGGAAGUCUGUGCGGCAGUCCACUACCGAGCACACACGGCUAACCUACCUGCGACUGCAGGAGCGGCAGGUGGCUCCUCGUCGCAAGAAGGGCACUCGCCAUGAGCGUCCUUUGACUCAGGCAGAACUUCUAGCUGAGGCCAAGGUUACAGCAGAGAUUAACCUACGCUCACUGGAAAACUAUGAGCGUCUGGAGGCAGAUAAGAAGAAGCAAGUCCACAAAAAGCGCCAGUGUGUGGGCCCAGUCAUCCGCUACCACUCUGUAUUGAUGCCUCUGGUGUCCGACCCCUCUUUCAAAGAAGAGAAUGUGGAUGUGGAGGGGUUGGACCAGGACCCCCAGCAGUCUCUUCCUGGCUCUGGAUCUGGAGCUGCAGUAAUGUCCCAGUCUGAGGCAACCCUCUCUGGCCAACCAGUGUCCAUCUCUGCUCCCCCACCACCAGGAGGCGGCAGGUGCUCUCGCACCUACAUCACCUUCAGUGAUGAGGACACCUUCCAGUCCUACUUUCCUAAGACCUCCGCCCCACGCGUCCCUGUCAAAGAAGUGUGCCCAGUCACUCACAAACCAGCCUUGUACCGCGACCCCAUUACAGACAUUCCAUAUGCCAACGUGAGAGCCUUCAAGAUUAUCCGUGAGGCCUAUAAGAAGUAUGUGGCAGCACAUGGCCUGCCAUGCCCUGGCACUACUCUUCCAGCAGAGCCCACUGCCAAGAGCCUGCGGCAGAAGAUUGUCAUCAAACAAGGCAUAUGAGGAUACAUGGAUAGAGACAGAUAUCAGAAAAAACAAGGAAAAGCUGAAUUUUUCUGAAACCUAAUAUGCUUGCCCUGUUUUUCCUGCAGCCUCAAGCUAAUCAUUAGUUAAGAAAGUACAUUUAAUGUUUACAAACAUCACUUUAAGUAUAAUUUGAACUGCACUGACCCCAUGAAAGGUUGGACGGGAGUGUUAAACAAGAAUUUAUUUUUUAACCUGUCAUACAGGUAAGUCCACAAUGAGCUGCAGGCUGUCACUUCAAUCUCUGUCACAUAUUUCAAAAUCACAUACUUGUUCGCUGUCUGGGAACCGUGCACUAAUGUACUACUGAUUGGUGAAUGUUUCUUUGCUAAUUCUGAAUGUACUAAUUCUGUGAUUAAACUGUUAAUAGUGUAGGAUAGUAUAUACUGUGCAUGAUUCAGUGUUGUGUUGAUGAUUGUGUUGCACUUUAAUGACAUUAGUAUGUUUUAUGCUAUUUAUGUUCAAAAAGCUUAAAUCGUAUUUUACAGUGCUCAUUACUGCUGAUAAAAACUUGAAUGUGUUAAACAAAACUGAUGAUAUACUGCAGUAUUUAUCAAAUAUCCCAGUGCUCUGCUGUUUUGCUUUAGUUUCUUAUACUGGUGUUUUGCUUUCUUUUUUUACUGUGUGAUAAGAUUUCCAAACCCAAUUGAAGAACCCAACCUGAACAUUCUGCCAUUUCAGCUUGCCCUCAUACCCCCACUCAUGCUGUAUCCAAGGCCUCGAUGGCUCUCUGUCUCUGGGCU